UUAUUAAAUAGCAAAUACUUGUGAUUAUAAAAGACUCUGAUCUCCUCUCUCUGGCCACCUUCCCUCCAGCAGAUGAAACAAACUCAUCUUGCUCUGAGACCCAGAGGUGCAAUGGCUUUGUUCCCAGUGACCCUGUUCCUUGUUGCUGCGCUGCUUCCAUCUUUCCUGGCAAAUAAGAAGAUGGAUCGGGCAUUUUCUGCUUUGUCUACCACCCUACCAGAAGUCCAAAAGGAGAUUGUAAAUAAGCACAAUGAACUGAGGAGAGCAGUCUCUCCGAAAGCCAGCAACAUGCUCAAGAUGGAAUGGAGUAGUGCAGCAGCAGAGAAAGCCCAAGGCUGGGCAAACCAGUGCAAACACGGCCACAGCAGUAAAGCAUACCAAAAACUCAAUGUGAGCUGCGGCGAGAACCUCUUCAAGUCCAACGUCCCCUUUUCGUGGUCGGCAGCGAUCCAGUCUUGGUACAAUGAGAACAAGGAUUUUACCUUCGGUGAAGGGCCAAAACCACCCACGGCAGUGGUGGGACACUAUACACAGGUGGUGUGGUACUCCUCCUUUCGUGUGGGAUGUGGAACAGCCUACUGUCCCAACUUCCCAAGGUUAAAAUACUCCAUGGUUUGCGAAUACUGUCCCGCUGGUAACUUUGAGGAAAGGCUCUACACCCCUUACAAGCAAGGGGACCCCUGCGCCAGCUGCCCCAGCCACUGCGAGGACGGGCUGUGCAGUAAGUGGGGCGGGCAGUGUCUGGGUUAUGGAAUAACUCGACAAAGUAUUUUAGGAAUUAGACAGUCUUCUGAAUUUGAGCAAAUUUCAGGACAUCUUCAUUUAAAAAACUAA